GAAGCAGGUGUUGUUGACUGUUAUUAAUCACAUCUAUCUCAGUUGGUGAGGAUGGGUCUGAACAUCCCAGGGCUGGUGGCAAUGGUCGUCUUCUAUCUGCUGGUGUUGGGCACCGGUAUCUGGGCCUCUAUGAAGUCCAAGCGUCUGCAGAAGAACAGUGAUGCAGACCGGACUGAGAUCACUCUACUGGGAAACAGAGGGAUCAGUCUGGCCGUGGGAAUUUUUACCAUGACUGCAACAUUUGUUGGAGGAGGCUACAUUGUUGGUCUGUCAGAGGCAGUUUAUGACCCGACCAUGGGACUGACCUGGGCUGUUUUAAUAGUAACAUCACCCCUGACUUUCAUUGUUGGUGGAGUUUUCUUCGCAAAGACAAUGAGAGACAGAAAAUACAUGACGAUGAUGGACCCAUUCCAGAUCAAGUAUGGAAAUGUAAUCAGUGGGUUUCUGUCGAUGGGACUGGUGAUCUCUGACAUGUUCUGGGUAACAGCAACUCUUAUCGGCUUAGGUACAACAAUGAGUGUCAUCCUGGAUUUGUCUUAUACUAUUUGCAUUUGGAUCUCUGCUGCAGUCGCCAUCAUCUACACACUCCUCGGAGGCCUCUAUUCUGUGGCCUACACAGAUGUUAUACAGUUAAUUCUCAUAUUCUUUAGCUUGUGGUUGUGUGUCCCAUUCAUCCUGAUGAAUCCACAUUCAGUUGAUAUCACAAAGUCUGCCUUUAAUUUCACCUACCAGGCCCCUUGGGUCGGUACAGUGGACAGUGACAGGGCAUGGAGGUGGAUUGAUAAUUUCUUGUUAUUGACUCUUGGUCACCUGGGUUGUCAGGAUUUCCAUCAGAGGACCCUGUCAGCCUCCUCAUCGGCCACAGCCAGGAUCAUCUGCUUCAUUGCAGCUCCCAUCGUCUUCAUAAUGGGAGUCCCAUCUGUUUUGAUUGGAGCAGUCGCAGCAUCAACAGACUGGAACAUGACCUCGUAUGGCUCUCCAUCUCCUUAUGACCGUGGAGAAACAGGCCAGGUUCUGCCCAUUGCUUUACAGUAUCUCACACCAAAUUAUAUCUCCAUCUUUGGUAUUGGAGCAGUAGCUGCUGCUGUGAUGUCAUCAACAGACUCAUUUCUGUUAUCAGCUGCCUCCAUCUUCUCUACCAAUGUCUAUAAGAACAUCCUGAGGAAAAAUGCAUCAGACGUGGAGCUCCAGUGGGUGAUCCGUGUCACUGUGGUGUUAGUGGGUGUGAGUGGCACAUCACUCAGCUUUGUGAGCCACAGCAUCAUGGUUUUCUGGAUCCUGGGCUCAGGCAUAACCUACACUAUCAUAUUCCCACAACUGAUCUGCAUCCUCUUCUUUAAAAUCUCCAGUGGUUACGGCGCCGUCAUGGGUUUGUUGGUUGGAGUGUUGUUGAAGGUGCUGAGUGGGGAGCCAUCACUCGGUUUGCCUGUUAUCCUCCGUUUCCCAGGGUGCACUAGUGAGGAUGGCAUGUAUGUCCAGCGCGCUCCCAUUCAGACGAUCUGCAUGCUGUCCACCAUAUUCACCACUUUGUUGAUCUCAUACUUGGCUUCACUGCUGUUUAACACAGGACUGAUUCCUGAAAGGUGGGACGUUUUCAAAGUGAAAACCAACAAAGUGCCACAGAGACUGUUAUUAAGAAGAAAUGAUGUUAAUAAGAGAACAGAGGAAGAGGAGAACCCUGAAGAGCAGACGGAAACUGGAACAAUGUUGACAAAUCAGUUGGGCUGAUGGGACACAAGUAUUUUUCAUAGAACUACAUGACUACAUGAGUGAGUGAGAGCUUGCUGCAAAACAAAUCUACC